UUAUAGUUUGCUAGAUGUAUACUCUACAUUUUGCAAAACCAUAUUUCAGUAUGUUAAAGUGUGUAGUAUCUAAGUGUGUGUUGGUCUGAAUUAGUUUUUCUGUGACCUUGGCAAAUUGUUUACUCUUUUGCAUUUUUUUUUCUUUUCACAGAUGCAUUUUGUAGGAGUAUUCUGAGGAUGAAUGUUUGCAAAUCAUUUUGAAAUUGCCAAGUGCCACAUACAUGGGGUGCAUCCUGCUUUUAUCCUGGAGUUCACCCUCGUGGCUUGGAUUUAUCAGAGUCGUGUCUGUCUUCGAUCUCUCUGUUAACUAGAAAUCAAGGAAAGAGAUGAGGAGGUUUGUUUACUGCAAGGUGGUUCUAGCCACGUCGCUGAUGUGGGUUCUCGUCGACGUCUUCUUACUCCUGUACUUCAGCGAAUGUAACAAAUGUGACGACAAGAAGGAGAGAUCCCUGCUACCUGCACUCAGGGCUGUUAUUUCAAGAAACCAAGAAGGGCCAGGAGAAAUGGGAAAGGCUGUGCUGAUUCCUAAAGAUGACCAGGAGAAAAUGAAAGAACUGUUUAAAAUCAAUCAGUUUAACCUUAUGGCCAGUGAUUUGAUUGCCCUUAACAGAAGUCUGCCGGAUGUAAGAUUAGAAGGAUGCAAGACAAAGGUCUACCCUGAUGAACUUCCAAACACAAGUGUAGUCAUUGUAUUUCAUAAUGAAGCUUGGAGCACUCUCCUUAGAACCGUUUACAGUGUUAUAAACCGUUCCCCACACUACCUACUCUCUGAGGUCAUCUUGGUAGAUGAUGCCAGUGAAAGAGAUUUUCUCAAGUUAACAUUAGAGAAUUAUGUGAAAAAUUUAGAAGUACCAGUAAAAAUUAUUAGAAUGGAAGAGCGCUCUGGGUUAAUACGUGCGCGCCUUCGAGGAGCCGCUGCUUCAAAAGGGCAGGUCAUAACUUUUCUCGAUGCACACUGUGAAUGCACGUUAGGAUGGCUGGAGCCCUUGCUGGCAAGAAUAAAGGAAGACAGGAAAACAGUUGUAUGCCCCAUCAUUGAUGUGAUUAGUGACGAUACCUUUGAAUAUAUGGCUGGGUCAGACAUGACUUACGGGGGUUUUAACUGGAAAUUGAAUUUCCGUUGGUAUCCUGUUCCCCAAAGAGAAAUGGAUAGGAGAAAAGGAGACAGAACAUUACCUGUCAGGACCCCUACUAUGGCUGGUGGCCUAUUUUCUAUUGACAGAAACUACUUUGAAGAGAUAGGAACUUACGAUGCAGGAAUGGAUAUCUGGGGUGGAGAGAAUCUUGAAAUGUCUUUUAGGAUUUGGCAAUGUGGAGGCUCACUGGAGAUUGUGACUUGCUCCCACGUUGGUCAUGUUUUUCGGAAGGCAACUCCAUACACCUUCCCUGGUGGUACCGGUCAUGUCAUCAACAAGAACAACAGAAGACUGGCAGAGGUUUGGAUGGAUGAAUUUAAGGAUUUCUUCUAUAUCAUAUCCCCAGGUGUUGUCAAAGUGGAUUAUGGAGAUGUGUCAGUCAGAAAAACACUAAGAGAAAAUCUGAAGUGUAAGCCCUUUUCUUGGUACCUUGAAAACAUCUAUCCGGACUCCCAGAUCCCAAGACGUUAUUACUCACUUGGUGAGAUAAGAAAUGUUGAAACCAACCAAUGUUUAGACAACAUGGGCCGCAAGGAAAAUGAAAAAGUGGGUAUAUUCAACUGUCAUGGUAUGGGAGGAAAUCAGGUAUUUUCUUAUACUGCUGACAAAGAAAUCCGAACCGAUGACUUGUGCUUGGACGUUUCUAGACUCAAUGGACCUGUAAUCAUGUUAAAAUGCCACCAUAUGAGAGGAAAUCAGUUAUGGGAGUAUGAUGCUGAGAGACUCACCUUGAGACAUGUUAACAGUAAUCAGUGUCUCGAUGAACCUUCUGAAGAAGACAAAAUGGUGCCUACCAUGCAGGACUGUAGUGGAAGCAGGUCUCAACAAUGGUUGCUAAGGAACAUGACUCUGGGGGCAUGAAGACUGUUUCCCCCAAGCCAUGAAAGUGUCUAAACUUAUGUUUUUCCAUUAUUUCAAUUAGGGAAAAAAUAUAUUAACUUUGCUGAAUUGAAAAGUUUUAAAAUCCUUUUAGUAUUCUAAAACACAGUUGUUUAUAAUUCAUUUUUAGGAAUGUUUGCUUAUUUCCCUACUAAAAUUUGUAUCUGAUUAAAAAGCACAUAAAAAGAAUAAGUAACAGCAAACUGUUAUUAAACAUCAGAACAACUUGAAAAACAAAGUGUGUUUACUUCUUAAAAACUCUUUAUUGCCCUCAUGUCACAGGAUUAGUUUGGGGGCAAGGGUUAUUUUUAUUUUUCCUUGUCAUAAUGAUUGAAAGAGAGACAAUGUAACUGCCUUAUAAAAUAACUUCAUUAUAUAAUAUUAUCAUUGUUUUAUAAACUCUGUUACUACUGGACCUACAUGGAAACAUGUUGAAUUUCUGUGUCAACAGCAAGACCACACAUUGAAUUAUUUCUGAACAAUGAAUUCAUUGUACAAAAUCAGUUCUAAAUUUUGUACCAGGAAAAAAAUUAAGUUGUAUAUUGACAUCUCAUAGAGUUCUUAUAAAAACAUCAUAUUUAAAGAAAAAAGGAGGAGAAUUUGAAAAUUCAAUUUAAAGUACAUGAAGUCAAAAGAAACUAACUAGACAUUGAAGGAAGCAUGAUGAAGCUAAAAAUCGAAAACUGGAACAUUUUAAAAGAUUCUGUUUGGGCUGCAAUCACUUCUAACACAGACUGGGUGUAAUAGCUCCAUCCCAGAGUUGAUGUGGGAAACUCAUCAUAAAUUAUGGCUCAAGGAACACAAUCACAAUUAAUCUACCUUCACAAGUUAUUUUUCCAUCUUAAAACACUUUGUUUUCAAAACACAUGAGCAGAAGACAUGAAAAGGAAGAAAAAAAAUCUAUUUGUGAAAUUUGUGCUAAUAAGUUUUAGUAUUUAACAUCAUUUAAAAUGCCUGUAACGUUGCUCUACAUAUGUAUUUAAUUCAUUACAAAUGCACUCAACAGCUAAGAGAAAUUUGGGGUGGGGGUGAGGGGUGGAUGGAAGAAGUAACUUCUAGAGUAGAUGCCACAACUUUGGCACUCAUCUUUUAUUAAAAAGCUCUAAUAGAAAAUUUGUUUCAGUUUGAUCGGAUUGGCUACAGACAAACUCUCUCGCUCUCGCUCUCACUCUCGCUCUCAUAGACACACGCACACGCACACACACACGAGCACUACUUUGUAAUGACAAAGAGGGCGCUUUCAAAAGAUAGUGAAAUCUUGUAUGAUCUUCCCAGCUAGUACUCCUUCCUUUCUGGCUUUAAACUAGUAUAACUCAGAAAGAAUUAUACAACCUGGAGCAUUUCAGGUUUACUCCUUAAAGUGUAGACAUCCCUCAUCUGGGAGUCGCUGGGAAUCUGAAUUUUUUACCAUCUUUGAAAUCCUCUGUGUUCAAAAUAACAUGGGCCGAAGACAUGAGUCAAAGGGAAGAUAAAUCUGUCUGUGAAAUUUGUGCUAAUAAGUUUUACAUUUAUUUAAAAUUGAGAUUAUAAGCAAAGUUUGAAUGUCAGGACUUUUUUUUUUUUCCUGAGGAGAGGAUCCAGGAAGUCGUGACUCCCAAGAGCUAGUGAAUCACUGCCUUCAGUUAGUUGAUAGUGGCCUCACAAGUCAACUGAGGUCUGGCUUAACAAUCACAUUUUCCAUGUUCACUCUCUUUUCUUCCCUCUUUUUCUCUUGUCCUGACUAAAUAUAAUAAAAUGUCCCUGCAUGGUAUUCUUCCUUGAACUUAAAAAGUUUAAACACUCAAGGACUCUUUCAUACAAUCUGCUUCACUUAUAGAUUUGCCAAUCAAAAUGCGUAUGUUAUCUAGAAAAUAGUAAGUUUUUAAAAAAUACAGCUACCCCAUUGAAACUGAAUUUGACACAUUUCAGCAGCAUUUUAAAUAUCUGAAAGUUCAUUAUGGUCGUAGCAGAAAUACAGGAAAUAUGAAAGCUGCCUGAGUUUGAAUGCCAAUGAAAAAUUUUCCAAGAAUCUUCAGUUAGUUUCAGCUAUUAGAAUGUCUAACAAACGAAGACAUAAAAUAUUACAAAACACCAAAAACCAAUGACUAGUUCAAUUUUCUUUUCAAAAAUAUUUAUUGUAUUAACACAGAAAAUUGAAAUCAUGAGUGAAUUCACAAUGCAUUCAUCUUAUACAUUCCUUAUCUAUGGAGCUAGACUAAUAGAUAUUUCAAAUGACUUGAAACUUCCCCAUCUGAGGUCUUUCCCAUUGAAGUUAAUGCCAACUCCAGCCUUCCAGAUGCUCAGAUCAAAAACCUAAAGUCAAUUUUGACUCUUUUCUUUCUCUCUCAACUUUAAUCCAUCAGCAGAUUCCCUUGAUUCUAUAUUGGAAAUAUAACCAGACACCAAACACUUACCACCACAUCCACUGUGUCACUAUCUCUAACCUUUUUAAUUGCAGUAUGUGUAUAAUUUGGUUCUCUAUAAUUUCCCAACCUUUGCCCCAAUUCAUCUUUUUUCAGUAUGACAGCCGCGGUCAUUCUGAAACAUAAAUUUGAUUGUUUCACUUCUCUGCUCACAAUCCUCCAAUGACUUCUCAUAUUUCUCCAACCAUACUUCUUACAAUGGUCCUCAAAAUCUUUUAUGAAUGACAUCCUUCUACUGGAAGGUGUGCAUGUGUGCAUACACACACAAGUACACACAUUUCUGACUGUCCCUUACUUACUCUACUUUGGCUGCCAAGCAAAUUUGUGUCUUAAUGUUUUGCUCCCUUGCCCAACAGAGCUAUCCUUCCUUUUCUUUAGGUCUCUGUUCAAAUAUCAUCUCCUCAGUAAGGCAAGCCCUACUCCCUCCUGUCCUCCCUACCCCGUGUAUAUUCUCUGACGAACUGCAAAUUUGCUUCUUUAUUUUCUGUCAACAGUUCUCCCUCUUUACCCCUCUAACAUCCCCAUCACACACCCUAGAAUGUAAGCUUCCUAAAAACCUGAGCUUUGUUAAUUUUGUUCACUGUGGUAUCCCCAAUAGAGUUCUUGGUGCAUAGUUAAUAUUCUUUAAACAUUUCUUGAAUUAAUGAACUAAAAAAUGUGUGUUAAAGUUGUUAAGUGCUACUGUGUUGUAUCUUUUUAUUGCACAUUAUUUUAAAUUUUAAAGUCUAGUAAUAUAUUUAGACAGGAUUUGCAUAACUGUCUUCAAAUACAAUUUUCUUCCUAAUAUUAUUUGCAUUCAUGUAUGGAUUAUACUUUGUUCUCUAUGAUAAAAUAUCCAGCUUUAUGUAAAUGAAACAUGACAUUUUAUAAACAUGCUGCUGUAUUAUGUAAG